UGUUUAAUUACUAAUUUUAUUAGAAUGCGCAUUAAAAAGAUUGAAAUUGAAGGCUUUAAAUCGUAUUCUCAGCUGGAAGUUGUAAACAAACUAGAUCCACAGUUUAAUGCAAUAACUGGUUUGAAUGGCUCUGGUAAAUCAAACAUUUUGGAUGCAAUCUGUUUUCUGCUUGGUAUAACUAAUUUGGCAAAUGUUCGUGCACAUUCACUUUCUGAUCUUGUUUACAAACAAGGCCAAGCUGGUAUAAAUCGUGCAACAGUUACUAUUACUUUUGACAAUAGCGAGCAGCAACCGGCCGGUUACGGCAAGUUCAAAGAGAUUAUUAUUAUCAUUAAUGGGAGAAAUACAUACCAAAUAAAUGGAACUGUGGCGACUAAUCAACGGGUUUCUGAUCUUUUUCGAAUGGUUGGUAUAAAUGUGAACAAUCCGCAUUUUUUAAUAAUGCAAGGACGAAUAACAAAGGUUCUUGGUAUGAAGCCAUUAGAGAUUCUUUCAAUGUUAGAGGAGGCAGCUGGCGUCCGUAUGUAUGAAUGCAAAAAACUAAAUGCCAUUCGUAUUAUCGAAAAAAGAGAUGCCAAAGUUGAUGAAAUUAACAAGGUUUUUUGGUUUCAAUUAUUUAUUACUAUUGAUAUUCAGCUUUUUGAAGAAGAUAUAUUGCCUCGUGUAGAACGCUUAAAGAAGGAUCGUGAAAAUUAUUUGGAAUAUCAGAGAAUUGAACGUGAGGUUCAAGUUCUUGAACGAAAGUUUAAUGCUUAUGAUUAUCAUAAUAGUCAGUUGCAAAUUAAAGAACUCGAAAACAAGGCCCAAACCUUUCGACAACAAAUUACCCAAGUAAUAAAGGAACUUGAUUUGUUGCAGCAGGAAGCAAAACGUGAAGAAGAAAAUUUACGAAAAAUGGAAUCGGAGAGUGCUAAAAAUACUGCUCCUGAAUUUCAGAAAUUGGAGAAAUUACUUAAGGAAAAACAAAGUUCACUUGCAAAAAUAGAAUCAGAAAAAGAUGGAAAAGAAGCUGAUCUUAAAGAGCUACAAGUUUCUAUUGAACGGAAGAUUGAAUCGUUAACUGGUGAUAGACAACAUCUAGAAACAAAGAAAAAUUACCUUGCCAAUGCUCAAUCUGAAAACGGGACUGUGGAACAGCGUGGAUUGUCUGCUGAAAAAGCUGUUCAAAGAGCACGUCUGAGACUAGAAGCAUUGGCUCGUGGAAUGACUACUGAUGAGCAGGGAAAUGCCGUGACUUUAGAGGCGCAACUUAUAUCUGCUAGAACAAAGCUGUCGGAGCAACAAACAAAUUCAAAGAAAUUGGAGAUGCAACUUUCGCAGUCACGAAAAGUUAUCGAGAAAAAACGGCUGGAACUUGCCACUUUUAAACGUCGAUCUACUGGCGAUCACGAAUCAAAAAGAAGGAUUGAAACUGAAAUUUCUAAAAUUGAGCGAGAUCUUCAUUCAUUGAAUUUUGAUCCCGAACUGGAGAAAAAUUUCGAAGCUGAGCGAAAGCUCCUAUCUCGAGAACAUGCUGAAAUUACUCGUGAACUUGAUAAUUUUGAAGCACGUUAUUACAAUUUACAAUUCAAUUAUAAAGACCCCUAUGCUGGUUUUGAUCGCAGGGAGGUUAGAGGAGUUGUUGCAAAAUUGUUUAAAUUAAAAGAUCCUAAAUUUGCAACAGCACUAGAAGUUGUUGCUGGAGGGCGGCUUUACAACAUUGUGGUUAACAAAGCUGAAGUUGCCAAAGUUCUUAUUGAUAAGAAAUGUAUUCAAAAUCGCGUUACAAUGCUUCCUAUGGAUAAAAUUGAAGUACGUGGAGUUGUGAGUAAACGUCAGAUUCAAGAAGCUAAACUUAUGGUUGGUGAUGAAAAUGUUUUUGUGCCCCGAGAAUUGAUUGAAUAUGAACCUGAAUUAGAGCCAGUUAUAAACUUUGUCUUUGGAAAUUCUUUGAUCUGUUUAAAUAUGGAACAAGCAAAUUUGUUAACUUAUAAAAAUCAAAAUGUAAACUGUCGAACUGUAACAUUGAAUGGUGAUGAUCUCAACCCUCGAGGAAUUUUAACCGGUGGUUCUCGAAACCAUAAAGCUUCUGUUUUGAGCGCACUUCACGAUGUUUUUGGUCGGUAUGAGAGAAUUUCUCAAAUUAACAAGGAGCAACAUUCACUGAAUACUAAACUCGCUUCACUUCGUCCCAUCCAGCAACGUUUUGAAGAUUUAAAUGCAAAAUUACGUGAUCACAAACAUCAUUUGGAUGCGGUUGUAACUGCAUUAAAAUCCAAUCCUGUUGAAGUUUUAACUGAAGAAAUUGGACGUUUGGAGCAAGAAAUCAAAGACUUGAAUGAAACGAUGGAAAAUGUUUUACCUGAUAUUGAAAGACUGAAACAACUUAUUCGUGAAUUGGAACAGCAGAAAAAGGAUGAAAAUUUCCAUGAAAAUGAAAAAAAUAAUGCACAACGUGAAUUAGAUAAUGCCAAAAAAGAACUUGAGAGGAUGAAGGAUACUUUUGGUAAUGCAAAGGAACGUCUUGCAAGUCUAAGAGAAGAAAUUUCGUUAUUAGAACAGUCAAUUGAAAACGACGGAAAUGAGCUUGCUCAUUUGGAAAAAUUGCGAGAUGAAAAGAAUGCAGAAAUUGAAAAAUUUAUAGCAAAAGUUGCCGAAGCUAACGAAUCUGUUCAACAUCUUCAAGAUGAUAUGGAUAAAUAUAAUCAAGAUGUUCGUCUUAAAGAUAAAACUCUUCGAACGAAAGCCGCUGAAAUAAGUGAAUUUAAAAAAAGAAUAAGUCAAUUGAAAAAUAAGCAACUUUCAAAUGAAAGGGAUGCGCAAGAAGCUGUUAAAAAUUCAAAGGAAUUUGCUAAACGAGCUCAACAAUUGGAACGAAUACACCGUUGGAUUUCUGAAGAAAAAGAAAAUUUUGGUUUACGUAACACUGAAUAUGAUUUUACAGAUUUUACUUUUGAUAUCGGAAAAAGAGAAAUUGAACAACGCAAAGAUAGAAUCAAGGAGCUAUCGCAUACAAUAAACACAAAGGCAAUGCACUUAUUAGACACAGCUGAGGGUCAAUGUCAAGAAUUGGAUAUCAAACGAUCUCAGUUAGUUAAAGACAAGAAGCAACUUUACGAUACAAUAGAACAGCUUGAUGAGAGGAAGAAACGCGAACUUAUUGCAGCUCACAAACAAAUUAGCAAUGAUUUUGGAUCAAUUUAUUCAACUCUCCUCCCUGGUGCAGGCGCUGAACUCGUUCCUCCAGCUGGGGCUGAGAAUUGUCUUUCAGGACUUGAAGUUCGCGUCGCAUUUAAUGGAAAAUACAAGGACUCAUUAUCUGAACUUUCUGGUGGACAACGCUCGCUGAUUGCUCUUUCUUUAAUCUUGGCUAUGCUAAAAUUUAAACCUGCACCUUUUUAUAUUCUUGAUGAAAUUGAUGCAGCAUUAGAUAUUUCACACACUGAAAAUAUUGGAAAAAUGAUUAAAAAUCAUUUCAGUCAGAGUCAGUUUAUUGUUGUAUCUUUGAAGCAAGGAUUUUUUGAUAAUGCAAAUGUUGUAUAUCGUAUUCAAUUUAAAGAUGGUCGUUCAAUUAUAUCAAGGGAAGAAAACAACAGGCAGUAAAUAUUUAAUAUGGCAAUCUCACCAAAUAUUCACUUUUUUUGUUUAUAUAUUCGAUUUUUUUAAUUUUUUGAUCU